GAGUGGGGUCCGGGAUGGCGCAGGCCGGGCUCCACUGGUGUUCAUUGGGACCAGGAGCCACUCCUGCCCUAGGGCGACUUCCAGCCCUCCUGCUGUGACCCUGCCCCCGUGGUCAGGCCUCUCCACCGCCCUCAGUCUGAGGGAUGGUGGCUUGGUACUCCCCACUUCUGUGUUUAAACAGGCUGUUUAUUAGGGAUGAAGGGGCAGGGCACGGGCUGUGGUGGAGAGCGAGCUCGGCUUUGUGGAUGCAAGGAAGACUAAAGGUGCUCAGAUCAAAUCAUAACCAUAAAAACCUCUUCAAAUAGAAAGAAAAAUGUCACGGAAGGGCUCCAAGGAAACCAAGAAAGCAAAUAUCUCCAGCUCCCUGGAGUCUGAAGAUAUUAGUUUAGAGACUACAGUACCAACAGAUGACAUUUCCUCUUCUGAAGAGAGAGAAGGUACCACCAAAAUCACUAGGCAACUGAUUGAGCGGAAGGAAUUGCUUCAUAAUCUACAAUUGCUGAAAAUAGAGUUAUCUCAGAAAAACUUAAUGAUUGACAACUUGAAAGUGGAAUAUCUGACCAAAAUUGAAGAGCUAGAAGAGAAGCUUAAUGAUACAAUCCACCAGAAGCAGCUGUUAUCUUUACGACUAGACAACCAGCUGGCAUUACAGCAAGAAGAUGCCAGAAAACAUCAAGAGCUAAUGAAACAGGAAAUGGAAACCAUUUUAAUGAGGCAAAAACAACUAGAAGAAACAAAUCAUCAGUUAAGGGAGCGAGCCGGAGAUAUCCGUCGCAGCUUGCGUGAUUUGGAAUUGACAGAAGAUUAUUAUGAAAAACUGAAAUCUCUCCCUGAAGAUGAGCUUUCUAUCCCUGAAUAUGUUUCUAUUCGAUUCUAUGAAGUAGUCCAACCAUUAAGAAAAGAAGUAAAUGAACUACAGAUGAAAAAAGACAGCUUAUCAGAAGAUUUAAGUUAUUACAAGUCCCAGUUGAAGUGUGUGAUGGAGAGCUAUGAAGAUGAGCGAAGAAGUCGUUCAGAGCUAGAAGUUAGAUGUCAACGUUUGACACUAGAACUAGCAGAUACCAAACAGAUGAUUCAGCAAGGUGACUUCAGGCAGGAGAACUAUGAUAAAGUAAAACGUGAACGAGAUGCAUUUGAACAUGAAUUGUCAGAGCUCAGAAGAAAAUAUGAAAUAUUAGAAGUGUCGCACAAAGCACAAGCCAAAGAAAGAAAUGACUUAUCAAAAGAGGUUGCAACUUUACAGCAGUCUGUUAAUUUACUGCAAAAGGAUAAGGAUUAUCUUAAUCGUCAGAACAUGGAGCUCAGUGUUCGCUGUGCCCAUGAAGAAGAUCGCCUUGAAAGACUUCAAAUUCAGUUGGAGGAUGCCAAAAAAACUAGAGAGGAAAUGUAUGAAAAAUAUGUCACAUCCAGAGACCACUAUAAAACAGAAUAUGAGAACAAAUUGCGUGAUGAAUUGGAACAAAUUAGAUUGAAAACAAAUCAAGAAAUUGAACAGCUUCGAAGCACCUCAAAGGAGAUGUAUGAACGUGAAAACAGAAAUUUGAGAGAAGCAAGAGAUAAUGCUGUGGCUGAAAAAGAAAGAGCAGUUGUGGCUGAAAAAGAUGCUUUAGGAAAAUAUGAGCAUCUCUUAGAACAGUAUAGACAGCUGCAACUCAGCACAGAGAGCAAGGUGGCUGAACUUCUCCAUCAAAGUAAAUUAAAGUCCUUUGAGAGUGAACGUGUUCAACUCAUGCAAGAAGAAACGGCAAAGAAUCUCUCUCAAUGUCAGUUAGAAUGUGAGAAAUAUCAGAGAAAACUGGAGGUUCUCACUAAGGAGUUUUACAGCCUUCAAGCAUCUAGUGAGACACGCAUUACUGAACUUCAGGCACAGAAUUCUGAGCAUCAGGCAAGGCUAGACACUUAUGAAAAACUGGAAAAAGAACUUGAUGAGAUAAUAAUCCAAACUGCAGAAAUGGAAAAUGAAGAUGAAGCAGAAAGGAUUCUCUUUUCCUAUGGGUAUGGUGCUAAUGUUCCUACAACAGCCAAAAGGCGGCUAAAGCAAAGUGUUCACUUGGCAAGAAGGUUACUGCAGCUAGAAAAGCAAAACUCAUUGCUUGUAAAAGAUCUGGAACAUCAGAAAGAACAAGUCACACAGAUUUCACAAGAGCUUCACAGAGCCAAUUCUUUGUUGAGUCAAGUACAACAGCCAUACAAGUACCUCAUUGAGUCUGUACAACAGAGAGAUUCUCAGAUACAUUUACAGAAAGAACAUAUUGCACAACUUCAGAAAGAUGUCAGCCUUUUAAAUAAAGAAAAGACAGCUUUGCUCCGUGUCAAGAAUCAAAUGGGAGCAGAUUUGGAAAGACUUCUAAAUCAUCGUGAGGAACUGGCAGUAAUGAAACAGAUUCUUAUCAGUCUGCAUGGUAAACGCUAUGGGGAAAAUUUACCUCAGUCUCAUAGUGACGUAAGAAGCUUAACUGCAAAACACAAAUCAAACCCUUCUGUAAAGCUGCCAGCAGAACACGAGGAAGAAAAUGUAUUUAUACCCAAACCAACAUUAUUUACAAAUAGAGAGGCACCUGAUUGGUACAGGAAACUGAAGCAGAAAAAAGCACCAUGACAUUUUUCCAGGGAUUUUCAAUAUAAAUAAUCAGUUUGGCAGUUUAUUCUGUGAAGAAAGAAAUUGUAUUCAUAAUCAUGUUCUUAGUACCACACAAAUAAACAACUGGCUUGUUUUAUACCUAUGUUUAUACAUUGUAACAUUACCAUUCAACAUCUAAUGAAAAAAUGUGUGCAGUACUUGAUGUGAUGAUUUUACCAUCAAUAUGUUCUAAUUCAAAAUAUUAAAUACAAACAUACUCUGUGUGUGUUUAUAAUUUUGGCUAAUAAAGGACAUCUUAUUCAGAGUGCUCAUUAAUAUGAA